UUAGUUUUGUGACGUCAUUGUUCACCUCUAAACCCCCUCGCGCGCACUCGCACGCAUUGCGAGCGAAAGCAUGAGCGAGAAGAGCGGAGCUGCAGGUAGGACGAGAGCUUCGGAUACGGCGCAGCGCCGGGUGCUGGACGCGGCCACUCGCCAGAGGAGACAGAAGAAGCAGCUGGAGAUGCUAGAGAAAGACAACUCCCACGAGGACCCGCACAACUCCCUGGCGCAGCUGUCUUCCAAGGCCAAACUCCCCACUUUUGCGGAGACCUCUGACGGUAGAAAGAGAAAGAAAACAAGAUCAAAUGCAGACCAUUUCAAACAGAGGUUCAGAAAGACGUUCCAGACACUAUUAGAAGAACUGCCACCUGAAGCUCAGACCCAGCCGUCGUAUAUCACUGCCGUUGUUCCUCCGUCAAACUUUCCCUCCAAGCACUUCUGUGCAGUCUGUGGAUUUCCCUCCAACUAUACCUGUGUGACGUGUGGGACACGCUACUGUACUGCCAACUGCCUCAAGAUGCAUCAGGACACUAGGUAAGGCGACAUAAAACUCUUGAAUGCAUAACCUUUCCUCUCUCGCAGGUGUCUCAAGUGGACAGCUUAGUUCCCGCGAAAAAGCUAUGCGCAUGCGCGAAUCAUGAUAUAUCUUGUGCGCAUGCGUGAAAGCUGGCGGUUGCUCCCGCACGCAUGCAACAUCCUGCGUCGUGAAUUCAAUGGCGGGGCUUUACCAGGGUUCUUCCCGCUGUGUGUGGAGGCCAGGCCAAUCUUCAUCCGAGGGUAUAAAAGGCCGAGCAUUGCGAGUGCAGCCAAUAAGAAUUAGUUGACAGCAAGAAGUUGUAGUUUACUGUUACAUAAUAUAUAGCAGGAUGUAGCUAAAACUUUACUAUUUGGUAGCUACACUCAAUCGAGGUUAUCAGUUAAAAGAACAUGGUGUGGGAUAGACUAGAGUAUGAGACUGAAAGCUAGAAAUGAUUUAACCCUCCGGUUCAAGUUGGAUCUGGCAACCAACGUCAGCAGUAACAUGGCUAGUUGCGAAGAAGGCCAGAAAGUUCCUCUCCAGCAAUCUUCCUCGUUGGACCAGGGGCACCCCUCGUUCUCUGGGCAGGCUGGAGGGAGAGGAGGCAGGAAGAUUCUGCUCGGGACUCUAGUAGGAGUGCUCCUGGUAGCAGUCUUGGCUGCAGUUUGUGCAGUCGCUGCAGUCUCCUCGCCUCACCCCAACACAAGUGACCAACCACACACUGCAAAUGCAGCAGCAGCAGUUGCAAAAGCAGGGCGCUCGGAACAUCGGGGACAGGAGAGGCGGAUAUUCGGUCAGCAAUAUAGAAACCGACGUGUUGCACCCUCCCCAGUUCCUUCCAGUCCACCUCCUAUUGAUGCUGGAACAUUGCCAAGACCAGUGUCUACUACCACCAGUAGUAGUAGUGAUGGAUCAUGCAUCUCUCGCGAGACUGAAAUGAACACUCCUGCUGCUCAUAUUAAGGGACACGGCAUACAGAGAGGGAAAUGGAUCGAAUCAACUGGUGGAUCGGUUGUCCCUGGCUACCAGCAGCGCUGGCAGUGCAACGACGUCUACGUACUAAACCCUCGCCGCAUUCAGGAGCAAGCAUUUGUAGACGGCGGCGUCUGGUUCAACCAGACAGACAAGUCCAUCUACGUCCCCAAGUGUGGCUACUACCUAGUCUACAGCCAAGUGUACUUUGUCAUUGACGAGGAUUCGACCUCAGAGGGUGUCACAGUCUUUCACAACCUGAAAAUAAGGCACAACUGCACGUGGGAGAGUGAUUCUGGGCCCAUACAGAUCCAGGCAAAGGCUUCCGUGGCUCCGUCUGGUCUCGAUGGUAGGGUCGCGACAACUUUCACGUCCGAUGUGGUCCACAUGUGUCCCGGUGGGAGCGUUUGGAUCGAGAUACCGGACGGGGCCAAUGGGGUGCCGUGUUGCCCUCGCGGUGACAAGAGUGGGACUUUCCUGGGACUGAUCCUCAUUGCCGACACUCCCUGUUCCAGCUGGCCACCAGAGAUCACCAUGACAACCGACUUCUGAUACAACCCAUACAAACUGACCCCCGAUCCUGAUAUCACUUGAAUGUCUGUAUAUACACUAUCUCUGUGUUGGCUCACUGUGUUUGAGUUGUCAGUGUAAACUCUCAUUUUCUAUCGUUUAUUCACGCACUGGUAUUUACACACAUACUGUGUACAUAACGGUCAAGACACAUGCACCAAUGUUGACUUUUUUUUUGUAUAACAAAUUUAUGUUCAACAAUAUCCUGUACACACACACACAGUUUACGUACAAACUCAAUUUUUUCCUUUUGUAUUCGAGAGGCUUUACACACAAAAAUUAUAGUUCACAACAGGAACAUUCAUUAAAAAAAUAUGCACUGUAAAGAGUUCAUGUUAUCUUAGGGCCAAACAAGCGAUCGGAUUCAUAAAACAUAUUUCUCUGGUGUGGUAGAACAGUCUUUUAUGACGGUGGGGGGCGUUGGUAGUCCUCUCUUGGUUCAGAGUAUGAGGUAACCGCCGGCGAGUAGCAGUCCGACUCAGUCAGUAGAUGAGCCGUGAGGGAUGUGGUUUCAGAGUAGCCGCGAGGACAACAACCAUUUGUUUUCACCGGGAUGUUCACGUAGAUCCGUCCCCCGCGGCAAAUCUUGACGACGUCGUUUAUUUGAAUCGACGUGAGGGAGUUUUGGGUACCCUCGACCGGACUAUUGACAGUGUUGCCCUUCCUGAAGUAGCGGUCGUCGGAUUCUCCACAGUUUCUGUGGAUUCUGAGGGUAUAGGAGUAGGACUCAACCGAAUCGCCGUUAUU